AAAUUUCACCCACACCAAGUUUACCGUGUCCACGGAGACAAAACCUUGUGCUGGGUGGAGUCUAUAUAAAUACGUAUGUGAGAACCCACAGCAUUAAUUUGAGAAUCAGUUCACAGGACUAUUCACAGAAAACCACAGGAUGUGUGCACCAAAUACUUCUGAGUUCGAUUUGGAGCUGGGAGACUUGCUGCAGGAGUUUAAUGAUGUUGUGAAGGAGUUGAGCUCUGAAAAUGUGCUGAGAGAUGUGAAGAGACACACAGGAUUGAGUGAUGGAGACGAUUCAGACUAUUGUAGUGAGGCUUCACUGGUAAACAGUUUGAAUGCAAGUCAAGAAGAGCUCAACAUUGCAAGCAUGACCACGGCACAAAAAGCAAGGCUCGGGGACACCAGCGACCUACAGAGCUUCAUUGAUAACCUGGAUAGAGAGCUUGCAGAGAUGUGAGCCGACAGGACACACGUGAUCAGAGAGGACGCACCACGUGCGCUGAGCACCUGAAGAGCUGGCAUUUAGAAAACCGCAAUCUCUGCCUUCGCACAAGGAUAUUGUGAUAAAGAAAACAGCUUCUUUUUCCUCCCUUCACUAAUGAAAUAGAGCUCACAGUGUCUUUGUAAUUUGUCAAGACUGUUUGGACAAACUUCCAAGUUUCUCACUAGAUAUUUUAUUUUAGAAAUAAUUUCAUAUUUUAUAUGAAAAGCACAAUUUCUUUCAAGUUAUGAAGGCUUGUUGAUAAAUAGCUAGUUUUUAAAUUUUUUAUAAAGAUUGUAAAAAUAUCAGUGUUAACAUGUUUAAAAUGUGUAUUUUUAUGUUAAUUUUACCUUGUAAAUAAUUUUUUUUAAUAAAAGGUUUUUGCAUUGAAAA